UGUCUCUCUCCCCUCAAGACUGUUUUAAAGUCUCUGUCAGACUUGGGCUUGCACGCUACUUCCUGGACGGACGGAGGAAUGGAAAGCUUCCAGCGCCUCUCCACACACACCAACACCACCACCACCAACACCGACUCUCCCCUCUGUGUGUGCCCGACGAGCGCUGCCUCCGCCGCCGCAGCCGCAGGAGCGACGAGGCGCUGUGUGGACCAUCGCUGCUAGUCUCCCCUAACCCUUCUCCCCUCGCUGCACACACACGCUCCUAAACAACCAUCUCUAUCCGAGUGUUAUGCUCAUAUUCGGGAAUAUCGGGGGGGGGUUUGGACGGAAAGACUCUUUACUGGACCUCUAAAAAUCUAUCCGCCCUCCACCUCCACCGUGCCCGGUCUCCGUCUGCGCUGCGUCCACGGCGCUGCUUUUUACGCAGCGAAGGCGUUGCUGAUUUGCCCGCAAAAGGGAGAAACUCAACAGUUGUUGCUGCUUAUUGUUUGCAUGUCGACGUGCAUAUCACUACCAUGUGGAGGCUACUGCAAUCGUGCUGUCGCUGCUGGUGGAUUUUCUCUCUCGUUUUGCCAGCCUUCGUGCUCCUCUGGGCCGAGUGUCAUCCUGCAUCCAUUGGGACACUGCAGACAGGUUGGCAGUCCAUAACAGAGGGCCCAACAAACACGCUGACAGGAAGCCAAGCCGAGUCCCAAGCCCCUAUCCAAGGCCUUCGUGGAGCCACGGCCGACGGGACACGACACAGGAGAGCAGCCACUGAGGAGACCUACUGGGCCUACUCAGGUAUAUACGGGCCAGACGAGGGCUGGGCUUUAGCCUACCCAGAAUGCAGAGAGAGAAACCAGUCGCCAAUCAACAUUGUGGACCAGGAUACUAAAGUAUCCACAGAGUAUCAGGAACUGACACUGGAGGGCUUUGAUACUGAAUCAUCUAAUAAGACAUCUAUGAAGAACACAGGAAAAACAGUGGCCAUUAUGUUGAAGGAUGAUUACUUUGUUCGGGGAGCAGGGCUACCAGGCAGGUUUAAGGCAGAAAAAGUGGAGUUUCAUUGGGGUCCGAGCAAUGGAUCUGAAGGCUCUGAACAUAGCAUCAACAGCCGGCGAUACCCUGUGGAGAUGCAGAUCUACAUGUACAACUCAGAUGACUUCGACAGCCUUGGUGCAGCGCUCAGGGAGAAGAGGAUCAUCGCAGCCAUGGCUGUGUUUUUUCAGGUGGGAGGGAAGGACAAUCCUGCUGUCGACCCCAUAAUCCAUGGCCUGAAGGGUGUGGUCCAUCAUGAAAAAGAGACUGUCCUGGAGCCAUUUGUACUGAAGGACCUGCUGCCGUCCUCGCUGGGAAGUUACUAUCGCUACACUGGCUCUCUGACCACUCCACCUUGCAGCAAGGUAGUGGAGUGGAUCAUCUUCAACAGACCCAUCUACGUCUCCUACAAACAGUUGGAGGCUUUCUACUCGAUCUUCACCACAGAGCAGCAGGACCAUGUUAAGUCAGUGGAGUAUCUGCGCAGCAACUUCAGGCCCAUCCAGAGCUUGGACAACCGCCAUGUCUACAAGUCAGCAGUGAAAGACGCCUGGCUGCCUGACCUGACUGACAGUGGCAGCGGGCCAUAUGGCACAGAGGCUUCCAAAGUCUGCAGCAGUGCUCCCAUCAACAUGAAGGUGCAGCACGUGAACAGCAGCGCUCUAGUGGUGCGAUGGGCUCGUCCUGAGAUCACCUACCACCCGCCCAUCCUCCACUUCCUGGUGUCCUACAGCUGGACGGCCCACGACGACAGCUACGAGGAGACGCACCUCACCGACUCCAAACACAAACUGGAGGCCGUUAUUUCUCCCGUCUCCCCCGAUGUGCUGUACCUGUUUCGAGUCCAGGCCGUCUGCAUGAAUGACAUGCGCAGUGACUUCAGCCAGAGCAUGCUGUUCAGAGCAAACACCACCAGGAUCUUUGAGGGCACAAGGAUUGUGAAAACUGGAAUGGUAAGGGAAGCAGAGCCUACAGUGUCUCCAGCCUCCUCAGCCGACAUGGCUCCUAUCUCCUCUGGCUCAUCUACCUGGACCUCCUCAGGCAUCCCCUUCUCCUUCGUCUCCAUGGCGACUGGCAUUGGUCCAUCCUCCAGCGGUAGUCAGGCAACAGUGGCGUCUGUGGUGACGAGCACUUUACUGGCCGGCCUGGGCUUCAGCGGUGGUGUCAUCUCCUCCUUCCCCAGCUCUGUUUGGCCAAGCAGAGCACCUACCCAUAAUCCCACCUUCACACGCCAGACCACCGAACCCACCAAGCCUGCCAAAGACGCAACCACCUCCGCCUCUGCUGUUGUGACGGCCACAGCCAAAGACAAUGGUAAAUCUGGGGGUGAGGACAGAGAGAACAGCAAGGGUCAAGGAGAGGACGCAGAGAGAGAAGGAGAGGAUAAGGAUGAAGAGGAAGAAGAAGAAGAGAAAGAGGAGAAGAAGGAGAAGAAGGGUUCAGGAGGUGUCGUAGGGGCAAGGAGGAAGGACAGCAGCACAGUGAUGAAUGAGCAACCUCGCGAGACACCGGAUGCCACUGCAAAGGAGAAAAAACAGACUGAACCAGAUCCGACUAACUUGCCGUCUGGUGUAGAAGACCAACUGUAUACCCAUAAUCCACUUGACUCCAACCCAACUACCACCACAGAGACAACCAAUGAAACGGCAGUAUUUCCUUUUCCCAAGGACCCAACAGCAACACACAGACCUAGAACAGAGGGGCACAAGAAGAAUUGGCCCUUCUCCGUUCAUACUGAUCGCCCCAGUGCCGUGACCAACCUGACCCACCAGAUGAGGCCUGGGUCGGGAGCGGGGCUGGGCCGCGUAGAGUGGCUGGUACCUCUGGUGGUGGUUUCAGCUCUUACUUUCCUCUGCCUCGUUGUCCUGCUGGCUGUGCUCGUCUACUGGAGGCGCUGUUUCCAGACAGCCCAUUUCUACGUGGAAGACAGCAAUUCACCCAGAGUGGUAACCAAUGAGACAAUCCCUGUCAUCACUAUUCCAGAUGACAUGGAAGCCAUAUCAGUCAAGCAGUUCAUCAAACACAUCUCUGAACUCUACUCAAAUAACCAACAUGGAUUCUCUGAAGAUUUUGAGGAGGUGCAACGGUGCACUGUUGAUAUGAAGAUCACGUCAGAGCACUCCAACCACCCUGACAACAAGCACAAGAACAGAUACAUCAACAUAGUGGCCUAUGACCACAGCAGGGUGAAGCUGAGGCCACUGGCUGGGAAGGACUCCAAACACACUGACUACAUCAAUGCCAACUAUGUGGAUGGUUAUAAUAAGCCUAAAGCCUACAUCGCAGCCCAGGGACCUCUCAAGUCCACUUUUGAAGACUUUUGGCGGAUGGUGUGGGAGCAAAAUGUUGGCAUCAUUGUCAUGAUCACCAACUUAGUGGAGAAAGGCCGGAGAAAAUGUGACCAGUACUGGCCAACAGAGAACAGUGAGGAGUACGGCAACAUGAUGGUCACGUUGAAAAGCACUAAAGUUCAUGCCUGCUACACUGUUCGCCACUUUACACUGCGCAACACGCAAGUCAAAAAGGGUGGGAAGGGGAACCCUAAGGCACGGGCCCAGAGUGAACGGAUGGUGCUCCAAUAUCAUUACACCCAGUGGCCUGACAUGGGUGUCCCCGAGUACACCCUGCCUGUCCUCACCUUCGUCCGAAGGUCCUCAGCCGCCCAGAUGCCUGACAUGGGACCCAUGCUCGUCCAUUGCAGUGCUGGAGUGGGUCGGACAGGGACGUACAUCGUCAUAGACAGCAUGCUGCAGCAGAUCAGAGACAAGAGCACAGUUAAUGUACUUGGCUUCCUCAAACACAUACGCACCCAGCGCAACUACCUAGUCCAGACUGAGGAGCAGUACAUCUUCAUCCACGAUGCCUUGAUGGAAGCCAUUUUGGGGAAGGAGACGGAAGUAGCGGCAAGCCAACUUCACAGCUACUUUAACAGCAUCGUGACACCAGGACACGGCGGCCGGACACGUCUGGAGAAACAGUUCAAGUUGGUAACACAGUGUAACAGCAGAUUCAUGGAAUGCUUCAACGCUCAGAAGGAGUGCAACAAAGAGAAAAAUCGAAAUUCCUCCGUGGUGCCAUCGGAGCGAGCGAGGGUCGGCCUAGCACCUUUGCCUGGCAUCAAAGGCACCGACUACAUAAACGCCUCUUACAUCAUGGGUUACUACCGGAGUAAUGAGUUCAUCAUUACCCAGCAUCCUUUGCCCCACACCACAAAAGACUUCUGGAGAAUGAUCUGGGACCACAACGCACAAAUUAUUGUUAUGCUGCCUGCCAAUCAUGGACUGGCGGAGGAUGAGUUUGCGUACUGGCCCAGUCGGGAGGAGGCCAUGAACUGCGAGGCGUUCACUGUCACCCUCAUCAAUAAAGACCAACUCUGUCUGUCUAACGAGGAGCAGAUCAGCAUCCAUGACUUCAUCCUGGAAGCUACACAGGAUGACUACGUAUUAGAAGUUCGUCACUUUCAGUGCCCCAAGUGGCCGAAUGCCGACGCGCCCAUCAGCAGCACCUUCGAGCUCAUCCAUGUCAUUAAAGAGGAGGCGGCCUCCCGUGAUGGACCUACAAUCGUCCAUGAUGAGUUGGGAGCAGUGUCAGCCGGCAUGCUGUGUGCCCUCACCACCCUGUCUCAGCAGUUGGAGAGCGAGGGCGCCGUCGAUGUCUAUCAAGUGGCCAAGAUGAUCAACCUCAUGAGGCCAGGGGUCUUCACAGACAUUGACCAGUACCAAUACCUAUACAAAGCUCUGCUCAGCCUCGUCAGCACCAAGGGCAGCGGCUCCCGUCUUCUGGCCAGGGACAUUAACGGGACCACGGCGUCCAUGUCCGACCAGUCUGACCAGGCAGAGAGCAUGGAGUCGCUGGUUUGAGAGAGGCCCUGUGGGGGGCCUGGGGCUGAGCUGAGGGCAUCCUAUGGGUCCAAGCACCCUGCGAGGUCCCUGAGCCCACAAAGGAGGCACUUAACUUUGUAAAACGUCAAGGAACUAUGUGGACAAGACUUUUUGAGGCCUUUUUUGCCAGACUCUUGGUUAAAAUGAAUAACCUGAUUACUUUUUUACACUGAUAAAAAGUUUUUGAUAUUUAUUUUUUUCGCCAUUUUAUGUCUUAAUGUUCUCCUACUGAAGGGUUUGCACCUGCAUUUUUAAGUUUCACGACGGCGUCGGUAGGCAACGAGAAACACUUUUCUGUCUUUUCUUGUUUGCACUAUAUAAUGUCAGUGUUACUGCCUAUACUAAAGCUGACCCACUUGGCUUUUCUCUACUCGAGCUCAGAUUUUUUUGACAUUCCACGGCUUUGGCCCUUAUUAAACCCACUGCUUCUGUGAAGGAUAUUGUUCUGCCCGCCACUUACCAGUUGAUUUAGGACAGUGGACGGAGGAAGGCACGGACUCUCCGCCUCAGUAACAAAAAGCUGUUUGACUUCAGCUCAGCGUGACCUCCUCCGCCCCACUCAUCUAUAGUACUCAUAUUACCACUCAUUUAUCACAACAACCGAGAUCUUGGAGCAUAUUGCCACUGAAAAGUAGCGCUUGUUUUCUAAAAUGAAUUUCCUCUUCACUUUUUUCUUUUGUUGCCUUGUUUUUUGUCACUCUCCCUCUUAUUAGCGAGUCACACCCAUGUUAGAAUACCUAAGGUGGUGUAACAACUGCUACUGUGAAAUUUUAUUAUUGUUUCUUUGUAUAAUUCAUAUUAUGCUUUUUAAUAUAUGGAAAUACUGUAUGUAUACAUAUAUAAAUAUAUCCUUAUCAUAAUAACUUUGUGAUUUUUGUACAUGUCCUUUGUGGCCUCCCGCCUCUGGCUGGUCGAUUUCCACUGCGUCCUAUAGUUUACCACUCCAGUACUCUCAGCUGAUUCCCAGCCAUCUGGAAGCGGACUCCCUCAGUCCUCUACGUUCUUGUAUGCUGCUAUGUCAUCUGAACUCACACACAAAUACACACAUACAGAGGCCACCAGUAGGGGGUGAUUUUACAUUUGCAACAUAUGACGAACUACAACAGAUGAUGCAACAACAUGACAUUCCCCAUCUGUCUGAAAUAAAGGGGUUUUUUCUGUCAUAAAUUCAUCCUGACAGACAAGCACGGAUUGAGAACACAGAGGCCAAUGCGUCAGGCCCUCAUUUACUCACAUGCACCUGUGUGUGUUAUUACAGGGUUGAAUCAGUGUGAUCUGCCGGGGAACAGCAGACUCAAAAAUAAGCUCUAUGCAACAGGUUGGUUAGGUUCUGGAAAUCUGAAACAGGGUUUGAAACAGUCUUUGGGUUCUUAGUGUUAGUCUAGUUGAGAUUUGACUGGUGACAGUGGGUUUAGAUUUGUUUCAUGUUUUAAUCUAGUCAUUUUAUUUUAUUUGAGUAAAAACUGCUAAAAAAAAACCUUUGUCUACUUUAGAGUUAGGUGCUUUACAUGAUACACAGUAAAUUUUUGAUGGUGAUGUAAGAAUGGAGAAUCAAACAUGAAAUAUUUUUUGUUAUGAUAUCUCUCUGAAAUCUGUGUUAUUUGAUCAUGAUCUUGUUUCACCCAAGAUCAUGUGUGAAACACAAUCUACACACAGUCCACACACUACAUACAACUCAACCCAUCUGUCACCACAACCUGAUUCAAGUGAGGCAGAGGUGCCAGCUAAGGUUCUGUUAAAAUUGUUAAAAAAUCGAACUACACUAAAUACACAAGCAGUUUUCUGCUUAAAUUUCCUAUCUGCUAGAUUGGCAAUAUGGCCCCGUUAGAGAGCCAAUGUCAAAGUUGGAAGAUCAUUAUUAUUAUAGUAUUUGUCUUAUUGUCGACAAAUUUGAUGAAAUGACCAAAACAAAGAAGGUGUUAGUAUGUCUCUUAAGUCAGAUUUCUCUACCAUGUUACCACUCAGCCUCAUACUCAAGAAAUGAACCUUUAAAUUUUGUUUUAUUUGAAGAAAGCACACAAUAAUUUCCAAAAACAAAGCAAAUGUUACUCAAAUGUGAGUAAAAAAAUGUUGGGGACUUUUAAGCUGCGGAUAAAUACACAUUGAGACAUAUCAGGGUUUGGCUACACAUCAGUCAUCAAGCAUCAAUUCAUUGUUGGGUUUGAUCUUUUCUUUGGAUUUGUUGACAACAAUGGCAAAACUUUUGCACACCUGUGAAUCAGCAGGUGUGUAGGAGAAGACCAAAAGUCGACAAUAGGAAACAAAAAACUGUCCUCUUCAUCAUAACAGCAUUUCAUUGCACAGACUUUCAUCAAGCUGUGUUUUUCCUGAUCUGCAACAAUAAAAGAUUUAUAGAAUAUUGUCAGCUUUAUCCUUUUAAUUAUAACUAAUUGGCAGUUGUCGCCAAAUUACACACCACUAAUUGACCACAUGGCCUGACAAUCUGUUGCUCUUCUCAUUAAACCAGGCAUAAACACACAGAAACAUUCAUUUAAGCUGGUAGGUGGUUUUAUCUCCAGUUUCUAGACAAAAGCAUUCACCAUGUCAAUAAAAUCCUUGGCUUUGACCAGACAUUUUACAGACCUAAGGGGCUCAUUUCAGUAUGUCACAAACUGGGAAGCUAGUACUCUCAUUAACAAUUUUUGUCCACUUUGUAUUAACGUGAUUGAUUAGCAAGACAAACCAGAGAGGUGGAGGCCUGUUCAAGAUCCGUGCUCGUUGACAGAGGUGUGAUCACCCUUUCCAACCUUCCAAGGCCUUGUGUACAUAGUUUACAUUCUUCACUCCCUUUUCUCCAGAAAUUUAUUUUUUUGUGGUUUUGUGGCCUACAAGCAAAGAGCUGUCUGAAAUGUUUCCUGUUUUAGCUGCAGUGACCCCCCCACCCACCACACACACACACACACACACACACACACACACACACACACACUUCUAUACCUAGAUAUCUGUUUGACAUAAGGAUGUUCUAAUUUAGCCGCUGACUUUGAUGAUAUUCUGUACCUCUGUGAUCAAUGGUGUGAAAUGAACACUUGUAGUUUUGCAUUUUGAAUGAUAAUGUGAAAGCAUUCUUUUUUUCACACAGCACAAAACAGAUAAUGUGUUCGAAUGCGAGGGGGACAAAUGUAUUUUGAUUUUUAAAAAACUUUUACCAAAGACUUGAAUCUUUCCCAUGCAGAAAAUAUAUUGAGCAAGCUUUUCUCUCCCUCUUUUGAUGAUUUAAUCAUCAACCCCCCCCUACAAUAUAUCUGUAUUUCUAUCAGUGUCCUUACAAAAGUCUCACCUCAGUAUCUGGUAUCUGUUUGUUUUAAAUUCAGCCAGGUCCUUACUUGCAGUCAUUGUUAUACACCGUCAUUUGGUAGACUGAGCAGACAGAACGGCAUUAAAGAUUCAAAUCAUUUCUGUUUCUGUUUCUCUGGCAGUGUUAUCUCCACCUUUUCCACCUUGCAGGGAGAAAUCCACCAUUUCUUUUCUGUUUUUGGGGCAUUUAUUUUUUUUUGUUGAAGACACACUUUGUCUAAGUGCCAGGUCACACCAGAAAGUGGAAUCUUUGAAAAACUGAUGAGCUACUACUACUGUAACUUCUAACAUGCUAGCUACCUGACAACGUGCUAGUGCUAGUCAGUCAAAGGAGCUUGCCAUACUCGUUGGCUUCCUACAUCACUAACAGGACAAUUCAGUUCAUUUAGUUAACAAGCUAAAUCAAGGAAAUACUAUACUACCAAUAUCCACAUAUAUUAUGACUGAAUGCAGACCAUCAUGCAUCUCUUUUGUGGAACAGGAUGAUAUCAAAUGGAAUUGUGUUAAUAUGAUAGCUGCCUCCAUUUUGGACUUGGGAUCUCCAAUCCCUCAAAGUUUUGCACUAUCAAGACUUAACAGCAUGAAUUUGCAUGUACUGCGAAAUGUACUGGUUUCUGAAAUGCUGCUGUUAUAUAUGCUGGUGUGACCCGGUCCUUACAAUGGUCACUCUACCAUUUUCCCCAUUUUCAGGUGAUUCUGAUCUUUGCGAUCAUCCAGAAUGAAAAGUGUUUUGUGUUGCCUUUGAAGCGCACACACAGCUGUACUGUCAAUAAGAAAUGUACAUAUAUUUUGUUGCCUCUGUAACCCAGCCCUUCUCUGGAAACUGUGUAUGUAUUGAUCGUGUCAGAGGAAAUAUUUCAUGAGAUUUUGAAAUUCUAUAAUUCAAAUUUUCAGUAUUUCUCGAUGAUUUUGUAAAUCAAGCUUAAUUUUUUUACCAUUUCUUGACCUUGCAUAUACCACAAAUCUCUUACAAGGUUUCCAGUCUGACACACGUGUCUGGUCUAUAAUCACAAGUACUUUCAGUCAGUUUUCUCUCAAUUUCAACUCACUCACGGCAUCGCUAUUUGUGGUAGAUUUUGUGGAAGCCAGGUGCCUGUGCGUCCAGGUUGUAGUCACUAUUGCAUUCCAGUUUCCAGCCUCACACCCUCCAUUAUUGUUCAGGCAGUGAUUGUGAUAUUACAAUGUAAACCCUCUUCUUUUGAUUAAUUUGGCUUUUGGUAUUCAUCCUCUGGAGACUAUGAUUCUGUUGUCAGACGUGAACAAUAGAAUAGCUCUCCUGUAAGUCACUUAAUAAGUAUCUCUCCAUUGACCCGUUUUGGAAAGGUGGCUGCUCGCUCCUCUUUUGUAACAUGAAUUAAGAUGGAUUUCUUUUUUUUCUUUUUGUUAAAAGCUAUAUCAAAGCAUUAUAUUAUAGUGUUAUUUAAUAUGUAAAUGGUAUUGCUAUACAUAAAAUAAAAUAUGGGUUUUGAUGUAA